GUCUGUUGUCCGUUGACGCUUUGCUAGCGUUUGCUGGUGGUCUUAUUUAAAACCGUGCAAUUUGUUUACAAAAGAAGCGGGGGCAAUGGCUUUUAGAAUUCAUGAAGAUCAAGAAAACACAGCAUUAGGCCUAAGAAAAGAUGGAUCCGACCUAUUUUCUACCAACCAAAGGCGUGCCCUCGGAGACCUCAGUCAAUUUGCAUGCAACCAUAAUCGGAACACCAAACUAACUGGUCUGACAAACGGAACUUGUAAGGUUCAAGAUGAGAACAGGACGGUACGUCAAAUCAAGAACGAGAAAAACAUCGUUCUUCCCCUAUCCCAGUUUCGUGCCUUUAGCGUAUAUGAAGACAAACCCACCGAGGUGGAGGUGAAAAAGCGGGAGACCACUUACAAACCAUUUGCAACCAAGGAGACUAAAAAAGAAAGCAAUUUCUUUGUGAAUGCUGCUGAAAAUGUGAGAGCUCUGUGUGCACAAGUUGAAAAAAAAUCGCUUGAGGAAACCAAACCAGAUCGAUCGAGAGAAGAACCCCCAUUACGGAAAGCAUUACAAGAAAAGAAAGAUGCUGUUGAAUCACCCAUGUCUGUGGUGGAUGCCAGUAUUCUGUCGAUGUCUAUUUCAAAGAAUGAGAGUCAAAUUAUUGAAGAUGUUGACGAUGAAGAAAUCACCACUGCACAGACCGACAGAGAAAUGUUUUUCUAUGUUGAGGAAUAUAGGCAGGAUAUCUAUGAAUACAUGAGGGAAAUUGAGGUGAAAAACAGGGCCAACCCCCGCUACAUGCGUAAGCAACCAGACAUCACACAUGUUAUGCGCUCAAUACUUGUGGACUGGCUAGUUGAAGUAUGUGAUGAAUAUCAACAGCAGAGUGAAACUUUACAUCUAGCUGUGUCUUACGUAGAUAGGUUCCUGUCAUACAUGAGUGUUGUCAGAACUAAGCUUCAACUUGUCGGAACAGCUGCCACCUAUAUUGCCGCGUAA